AUGAGUCCAUCGCACCUUUUUGCGAUGGACGUACCAGACGAAGGUGUUUUGGAUGUAGAUUUACUCCCUGAAGAUGGAUCAGACGAUGAAGGUGAAGCGCCACCGUCUUCGGAUUUUUAUGCUGGUCCGGGGUCAACACCAACAUCAUGUGCAUCAUCACCACGUGGGGAAGAGCCAGCAUCUCCACAUGGUGCGGUUGCACAACCAACAUUUUUUCACCAUCAACCAUAUAGCAGACCGUUUUUUUCCUCUGGGCGAAGGGGCCCAGGCAGACCCAGGAAAGAAGGGGCUAAGUUAGCCCGUGAAGGAAAGAUAGUUAGAAGGUAUAGAGCAAACCCCGGAUCUGUUAGAGGUGCAAAACGGCAUCGGAGUAGUCGGGAUGAUGCUAUUGAUGAAAUUCUCGAUGAGGAUGACUUUACAAUGAGAGCUCCAGAAGAACCCCCUUAUAUGCCAGAAAAAUGGCCUGGAAAAGUUUGUGCACUGUGCAAUCUUAGUGAGAAAAGUCAGCUUGGACAGGGUGAGAUGCGGCAAAUCCCUUGCAAUAUUGAAGAGGGCGAUGGAAGUUCUACACCAGCUAUAAUUAAUUCGGGAGGUGCUACCCCCACAAGUGUGUCAACACCUAGCACACCUACAUUGCCUAUGAUUCCUGGCCUGUCAUCACCACCACCUGAGUCUGUUGACAGCAUUCAUCAACAUUUGGCACUACCAUUAAGUAGGCGCCAGAAAGCUUUUAAUAAAUGCAAAACACCCCUGUACAACAUGGAGCACACGGAUGAACUAUCUAUCAUAGGCUAUACAGAUAUUCUCGAGUUACCUGCAGUUGUCUCAUCUGGAGCUAUAUACAUUCAUCGUUGUUGCCUAGAAUUUAGUCCACCUUUUCAGGAACAGCUUGCUGCCAUUUCCAAUUCCGAUGAGGAAAAAGGACAGCUAGAGGAGGCCAGAGUUAAGGGAAUUGUGACUAAUGCAUUAUCAAGAAAGUGCUCUUUUUGUCAAAGAUAUGGUGCCAGUAUUCCUUGCAAGAUGAGCUGCAGUAAAUACUACCAUUUGCCAUGUAUCCUCGCAUCAGGUGGUUUUAUGGACUUUCACACCAAAUCAGCAUUCUGCAAAGACCAUUUAUACCAAGUUCCUCUUGUUUGCACAGCCGAUAUUGACUGCAGGACGUGCAGGACUAUCGGCGACAUCGCCAACUUGAUGACCUGCGUGACCUGCGGAGCUCACUAUCACGGCACCUGCGUUGGCUUGGCUCAAUUGCCAGGCGUUCGCGCCGGCUGGUCGUGCCGCUCGUGCCGCGUGUGCCAGGUGUGCCGCGGCGAGGCGCCGGGCGACGCGCGCUCCGUCGCCUGCGAGCACUGCGACAAGCUCUACCACGCCGCCUGCCUGCGCCCCGUCAUGGCCACCGUGCCCAAGUACGGCUGGAAGUGCAAGUGCUGCCGCGUGUGCUCGGACUGCGGCGCGCGCUCGCCGGGCGCCGGGCCGUCGUCGCGAUGGCACGCGCACUACACGGUGUGCGACUCGUGCUACCAGCAGCGGAACAAGGGCUCCUUCUGCCCGCUCUGCAGGCGCGCAUACCGCGCCGCCGCCUACCGCGACAUGAUACGCUGCACCGGCUGCAGGAGGUACGUACACGGGGCAUGCGAUCCCGACGCCGAGCCGCAGCAGUACAGGCAGAAGAAAGAUCAGAACCCUACCUACGAAUACAACUGUCCCAUUUGCAAAGCGCACAUGCAGAUGACUGGCUCCAAGUCUGGCUCAUUUGAAGAAGACAGUUUGACUCAGAGUGGCCAAGAUUCGUCAUAUGGUGACGAAAAUUCACAGCAAGAGCAGGAUCCUCUUGCCAUUGAACCCAAAGCAGAUGUUGGCCUUGGAAAGGGGAAACCGUUCUCAGUGUCGUCAAAAGUGGCGAAGAAAAAGAUUGGCGGAUACAAAUUGAAGGGCGGGUUCCCGCCGGCCGGCAAGCUAGGCUUCCAGAAGAGACAAAGAUCAUUGAUGGACUUUGGACGUAAAAGAGGCUCCAAACCGAAGAUGAGAGGUGUAUUCGGUGUACCGGGUUUGGGCUUGCAAAGACCCCAAGCACCUGACAAUAAAACUCAGGAGGAAGAUCCAGGAGUAGAAAACAAGCUUGUUCUGUGUUCAAGUAAAGAUAAGUUUGUGCUGACGCAAGAUUUGUGUGUAAUGUGCGGCGCUAUAGGAACGGAUUCUGAGGGCUGUCUUAUAUCUUGUGCACAAUGUGGCCAGACAUAUCAUCCUUAUUGCGUCAAUAUUAAGGUGUCGCAGGUGAUCGUGCGGCUGGGCUGGCGCUGCCUGGACUGCACCGUGUGCGAGGGGUGCGGCACGCGCGGCGACGAGGCGCUGCUCGUGCUCUGCGACGACUGCGACACCGCGUGGCACACGUACUGCGCGCGGCCGCAGCUGGCCGACGUGCCGCGCGGCGCCUGGCGCUGCGAGCGAUGCCGCCGCUGCCGCGUCUGCGGCACGCGCGACACGCUCGCCUGGCGCGACAACUACACGGAGUGCGCCCCGUGCGCGUCGCUGGUGAUGUGCUGCGUGUGUUCCGAGCCCUACUCGGACGGCGAGCUGAUAAUACAGUGCGAGACGUGCCGCCGCUGGCUGCACGCCUCCUGCGACUCCAUACGCAAUGAGAACGACGCGGAGAUAUGCUGCCGGGCAGGGUACAAGUGCGUGGUGUGCCGCGGCCGCGACGUACCCCCUCCGCACGUGUCGCGCUCGGCCCACGGCGCCGUGGCGGGGGCGGGGGGCGUGGGGGCGGCGAGUGCGGGGUCGGGGGGUGGCCCCGCGGAGGGGGCGGGGGGCGCGGCGGGGGGAGGGGCGCGCCUCACCGCGCAGUCGCUCGGCCUCGCCGGCGAGUACUAUGUGGACGACGUGUGCCUCUCGCAGCGCGGCGCCCACCACAUGAAGCAGCUGGAGGCGGACAUGGGCAUCACGCACACCCGCCGCAAGAGGCGCUUCAAGAACGACAACGCAGAGAAGGACGCCGUGGUUCAGAAUGCAGACAACGAGAUGGCCGAGGAUUCAAAACCAGACAGCACUGCCGAAGUUAAAGAGGAACCUGGACUUCCAUCCAAUACAAAUCUGAAAGAAGGCACGUUGUGGAACGUGGCCAACGAUGGCCCACCGCCAGAGGGUUUCACCGUCUACACCAUAGAAUCUGGCCUCACGGUCUUACGUAGAAAGCGUCAGAGAAACCUCAACAAACUCGGUAUCGGCGGAUUUGUUGUGCGACAGAGACAGACGACUGCUAAAGCGCAGGCCGACGACGAUAAAGAAGGUGACGGCACCCAGGCAUCUGGUGAAUCACCAAGCAACAAGAGAAAACCUCGCCGUAAGCCACGUUCUAAACUUAUGGAGCAGUUUCCGUCUUAUAUGCAGGAAGCAUUUUUUGGCAAGGAGUUACUCGAGCCCGUUAAGCCGGCCGUUAGUUCAACAGGCAAUCAACUGGAAAGCCCCGGUGGGUCAGUGCGUGCUGGCACACCGGAGGGAUACCGCGAAUUGCGCGACUUCAAACUCGACCUCGAAAACUCCGACAGCGACGGGGAAGACGUGCUCGCCGCUUUGACAACUUUCAACGACAACGAUACAUCGUUCGUUAUUUCACUGAAUACGGAGGAGAUAGACCUGUUGAACUCGCUGAAGCCCAAAGAGGAGAAAGAGGAGCCGGCGGACUGCCUGAACGCGGACGGUACGGCGAAGGUGAAGGUGGAGAGCUCGGAGGAGGGGCAGCUGAGGCACACGGAGGACUCGACGGCGCUGAAGAACGCGAUCCUGGGGCCGCAGCCCAGCGAGCCCGAGCAGCCGCCGCCCGCCGCGCCCUCCGCCGCCAACGGGCCCGCGCCCGCACCGCCCGCCGCAGACAUACCCGCCGUGCACGCCAAGUUCGACGCCGCCGCUUCCGAUACGGGCGGAUCUUCUCAAGGAUCGACAAUCUCGCCUAAAGACGACUUAUCGCUGUUGGGGGUGAACUUGGACGCAAUGGUGAGGGACACCCUCCCGGACAUGGAUGGCACCGAUGUCGAUGAAAUAUUCAAAGGAGUUCUCACUGAUGACUCUCAGGAGUCGCAGGAGUCGUCUGUUUCUUAUGUUAACUCAAUGGCAAGCACGCCCUACUCACAGCAAAGGCAACAGUUGCAGAGUCCCAUGGAUUACGCGUCGCCGUACCACACUGAGUUCGGCAGCAGCAGUAACAGCGCGCUGAGCCCGCUGUUCUCGGAGUGCGGCUCCGGCACGUGGGGCGAGCAGCCGGCCGCGCCGCCCCCCUCCUACAACCAGCGCAGUGCCGAUAAGAUGAGAGCCGAUGAGAGCUUGGGUUCGGCCGCCACGAUAUCGGCGGUGCUGUACGCGAACACCAACCACCCCGAGUGGAAGGCCGAGUUCCCCAACUGGGUGGACCGGUGCAAGCAGAUCCUGAAGAAGUGGCGCGCGCUGCCCUCCGAGCAGAAGGCGCCCUACCUGCAGAGGGCGCGUGACAACCGCAGCGCCAUCCGCAUGAAGAAGGCACAGCAGAGCACGGGCGGCGAGUCGGAGGCCGGGAGCGUCGCGGCCGCUAGCACCGGCGGCGCGGGCGUCCCGGCUGCCGGCGGCGUCGCCGUCACCGGCGUCGGCGUCACCGGUGUCGGCGUCACCAGUGUCGGUGUGACCGGUGUCGGCGUCACCAGUGUCGGCGCGACAGGCGUCGGCGUCGGCGCACAGAGCGCGGCGAGCGGCGCGACCGGCGCGGGCCCGGCGGUGCGCGCGCCCAACGUCACGGUGACGGCGGACGGGCUCCUGGAGGCCGACGCGCACAUCCGCGUGCUCACGCCGUCCGAGAUCAUGCGCACGCUGCCGCGGCUCGCGCACGCGCCCCCGCCCCCGACCCCGCGCGCAACCACGGUACCGCGGCAACCGCGCUCCCCCCUCCCGCUGCUGCUGCUGCUGCCGUCCCGCUCGCACACGCACCUCUGGGUUUCGUUCGGCGGGCGGUGGGGGGGCGGGGCGGGGCGGUGCGGCCCGGCUGACGGGCGGUGUGCGCGUGCGCAGGAGCAGGAGCGCGCGUGCGGGCAGCAGCGCAGCGCGCGCGAGGCCGAGCAGGAGCGCCAGUGGAAGCAGCUGCAGCAGAUGCGGCAGCAGCAGACGCAGCAGCAGCAGCAGAUCAUACACGACCAGCGGAUACAAGCAGCGAUGCAGCGAAUGCGCGCACCAGACGGCAGCCCCCCGCCGGGCAAUCCAGCGGCCAGCGCUGCGCCGACUACGCCCACAGCGCCCUCGCCGGCCGCGCCCACGCCUACCGCCGAAGCGCCGCGGAGCGCGUUCCCCGCGCAGCGCUUUCCGCUGCAUUACGCGACCAACGACGACAUCAACAGGCAGCUGCGAGAUUUGCUGCAGCGUCAUCCGGACAAGAUGUGGCCGCCACAGGCUGGCAAUGAAGAAGGUGCAGUCCAAGGCGUCAAUCUAGAAGGUCAACCAUUUAGGCAGCCACUACCAGUUGGUUUACGACCUAGGACUCCAUUGCAGCCCGGACAGAGACCUGACCACCAAUUGAUAAUGCAGCAACGCAUCGUGGCCACGGACAACAUUCAAAUGCAACAGAAUAUUCCUCAUCCAGUCACUCAACAUUUGAUGGAACAAAAACAGUCCAAUGCCUCGCAAACAAAUGUUUCAAAUGCUGUGGGAGAUAGCAAGCAAGAUUCUGGGCAAGAUCAAGGGACUGAUGAAAUGGACAUGGGAGACAUGGACAAACUGGAGCAAGAUGCCGGAAAUAUUGGAGAGGUGGACAUCCUGACGGGGCUGGGCGGCGAGGACGACGAGGCGCUGCUGGAGUCGCUGACGGCCGAGAUGGGCGAGCAGUUCAACAUCCUGGAGUACGCGGACCCCGAGCUGGCGGCGCUCAACGACGCGCACCUGCUGGACGGGCUCGAGCUGGCCGACGACGGCGACCGCCACGCCGACCAGCGCCACGCCAAGCGGAACCCCGAUGAUGAUAAUGAUAAUAAGUCUGAGAGUAAAGUGGACAGUGAGCUCCAAGCCGCCGUCAAGAAUAUAGAAGGGCAUAAGGCUGAAGUGAAGCCUGAAAUGGAGGCCAUCAAAACUGAAAAUCAAGAUGUUAAAUCUGAAAUUCGCUCCUCAACUCCCAAUGUUGGGCAAAUGUUCCCCGAAGGAGUUCACAGGGUCAUCACACAGAAUCAACAAAUAGCUAUACAGGCGGCAAUGCAAGAAAUCAAGUCUGAAAUUAAGCUAGAAGGUGAGGAAAUAAAGUCGGAAGGCGAAUGGCGAGCCGUUCAAUCGCCGCAGAGGCCCGUCUUCUCGCAGAUAUUCGCUGGCGGCGUGCAGAGGCUCCAAGUGCCCAUACAACAACAAAACGCAGCACAACGCCCAACGCAACAGUUUGGUCAACCGGGACAGCAAGUAAUCAGUCAACAGCUGGUUCAGCGGGCUCAACUUCAGCUUAGUGGGCAACAUAAUAUGCACUUCGCCCAGCAGGGCGGGCAGAGCGCGCACACGGCGCAGAUCGUGAGCGCGAUGACGGCGCAGGUGCAGGCGGCGCUGGCGGCGGGGCGCGCCAUCGCGCCCGGCACGCGGCUGCUGGGCGCGGACGGCGCCGUGGGCGUCGUGCGCCACGACCGCUCCGUGGCGCUGGCCGCGCUGCCCCACCCGCCCCCGCUGCCCCACCCAGCGGGCGCAGCGGGCGGCGUGGGCCGCGCGCCGCCGCCACCGCCGUACCCGGGCACGCUGCGCGCCCCCCCGCCGCACCACGCGCCGCAGCCGCCGCCGCCCCCGCAGCCGCCGCAGCCCCCGCCGCCGCCCUACCCGCAGGCGCCCUAUGACGCGGCGGACGCGUGGGGCGAGUGGCUGCACCGCCGCCCGCUGCUGCUGCAGAACGUAAACCAGGAGCAACCGUUGCUUCUGGAGGAGCUACUGGAGCAGGAAAAGCGCGAGCAAGAGCGCGAAGGCGGCGAGUGGGGGGGGCCGAGCGGGGGGGGCGGCGCGGGCGGCGGCGGGGGCGGGAGCGGGGCGCCGGCGGGCGGCGCGGUGCCGGCCGCGCCCGCGCCCCCGCCCAGCGUGGUGCUCUUCGCGGCCGCGCCGCCCCCCGCGCCCCCCGCACCGCCCGAGCGCCCCCUCACCGAGGCCGACCACCACGCGCGCCUACUCUACGAGCAGUGGCUCGACCAAUACAACGCCUUCGCCGUCGACCAGCUGCGCUACUACGAGACCGAGGUGCAGAAGCUGCGCAAGACCCGCAAGUCGCUGAACAGCAAGCAACGUCAGUUGCGCAAGUCCGGCAACGAGCUAAUGCCGAACGACGCAGCCGCCCUGCAACAGGUGUCGACGCAACAGCAAGCCUUACAGAAGCAUCUCGAAGCUGCUAGAAAGCAAGCCAGGCAGCAUAGCAUGCUAAUUCAGGAAUAUCAAACUAAACAUCGCCAACAAAAUCCUCAGUUGGCUCAGCAGACGAUUGUAAAUUCACAACAAAUCACGUCCAAUCAGGGUGUGUUCACGCAGAACCAGAACGUGGGACAGUCCCCUCAGAUGCAGCAGAAUACUAUCAAUCGUCCCAUGCAAAUAGGCCUGCAGGGAUCUCCCGCGCAGCAGCAACAGACACUCAUACGCACCCAACAGACCGUCCUCAACUCUGACGGGCAGCCAAUGUCGCAGCAACGUAUCGGCUUGGUGACAUCACCGCUUAGCGCGCAAGGCAGGAUUCUGCAAGGCGGGCGGACACUAGUGAUCGAGCAGGCCGGGGCGCAGCAGCAGCAGCUAGUGAGGCAGCUGUCCGGCAUCCAGGAACGGCCGCAGUCCGUGGGCGGGAUGAUUCAGUUCGGGCAGCAGCAGCUGUCGGGGGUGAGGGGGGCGAUGCCGGCGGGCGGUCAAACGCCGCGGCAGCCGGGCUCCAGGCCGGCGAUGUCGCCGCUCCACGUGCAGUCGCCCCACUCGCAGUCGCCACUGCACUCGCUGGCGCCGCAGUCCCCCCUCCACCACCUCACGUCGCCGAUGCAGUCGCCGCUCCACUCGCAGCAGUCCCCGCUGCACCACACGUCGCAGUCGCCGCUACAUCCGUCCACGCAGUCGCCGCUCCACGCGCAGCAGUCGCCGCUCCACUCGCAGCAGUCGCCGAUGCAUGUGCAGCAAGCGCAGAGCAUGCCGCAGCAGUCCCCGAUACACCAGUCGCCGCUUCAUGCGCAGCAGCAAAUGUCCGCUCAGCACUCGCCGAUGCAUCCGCAGCAGAGCCCGAUGCAUCCGCAGCAGAGCCCGAUGCAUCCGCAGCAAAGUCCGAUGCAUCCGCAACAGAGCCCGAUGCAUCCGCAACAAAGCCCGAUGCAUUCUCAGCAAAGUCCGAUGCACAUACAGCAGUCACCGAUGCACACACAGCAGUCGCCCAUGCAAUCUUCGAUGUCCCCGCAGCACUUCUUGCAACAAUUGCAGGCACAGAGAACCAGUCCGCAGCUGCCGACUCCCAGUCGCAGUCCACAGAUUUAUCAGCAGUCACAAAUACAAAGUCCUGUGGCUUCUCACUCGCCACAGCUUCAAAAUAAUGAUUAUGCUACGGGGAGGUUUUCAAGACCUGCACCGGGAUGCUCUCCACUACCGACACGUUUUGCGAGACCACCUCACCAUCAGCAGGGCAUGAGAGUCGGUGUUCCUUUCGGAAGUCGUCAACAAACAUCACCGCACGGCAGUCCCCAGCCUUUACCGUCGCCCGGCAACACUGCAAACGAAAUGACUCGUCAACAGAUACUUCAACGGCAACAGUACAGUCCGAUGGGCGGCGCGCCUGCCUCGCCGUCCCUAUCACGUUCCCCACACGUGGCACGAACUCCAACCCCAUCGGCUUCGCCCGCCGCCUCGCCCGCUCCAAAUCACCAGGACCAUGGUGGGGGUCACCAUCACCACAUGGCACCUAAUGACGGCCACGGCCAUGGUGGUGGUCACCAACACUACAUGGCACCAAGUUGUGAUGAACACGGCGGUGGUCGACCACAUCGCGUGGCGCCGGUACCACCCGGCUAUAGAUAUUUCAAAGUUGGCCUUUUCGGUGGGGCCCCGAUUUGGCCCAAAGAGGAAGACCGACGGCAUCCCACGCACCUUAACAAAGUGUCCAUUCUGAAAAGGCGCACACCCCCGAGACCGCGAUUCACGGGAAAGACGGCCGCGCCUAGCACCGACAGAUCAGAAGAGAUCGGCGAGACGAGCGACGGAAGGAAAUACGUUCUGUAUUCUACUGAUGGAGUGGAGUACACCACGGCUGCAGAUGAUUCGGCCCGAAUGAGUUUCUCCAAGGACGACAACGACGACGACAUCGAAGAGUUCGUCGAACAUUUGGACGACGAUGACAUAGUCGUCGUGGAACCGGGCGCAAUAUCUCCAGAGGAACGCAUCGCUACCGAGGAAGAUUUCGAGGAAUUGAUUGACAGCGGAAAGCCCGAAGAUGAGGUAGAGGAAGAAACGGCUCAUCAGGAAAAGUGCCCCACCAGGACAGAGACAACAACAAAAACUGUUGCAGUGAUAAGUCUAGCUACAGCCAAACAGCCCUCGGCUGGUGUCCAACAGUAUAAAAUUGUUAAUCCCUCUCAAACCUCUGCUCUCUCUCGGCUCCCAGUCUUGAGCGCAACAGUCUUAUCCUCGCAUAGUAAUACAAAAAUUCUCAAUGAUGCGACACAAGCGACUGUUGCUUCCGUAUCUAUAGCCAAUCAAACUAUUUCCGUGCCUGUCUUGAAGAAUCUCGCGGUCCCCAUUGCAAGUGUUACCGGACACGCUGGUGGUCCGAAACCGCAAAUGAAAAAAGUACCACUUAAUCUCACUAAUCCGCCUUUGACAGUUAAUAUGUCUUCGCAACCUAUAAGCUCGGUCAUAAGUGUAAUUUCUUCAAACGUCCCUAAAGUAGCAAACUUAAAUCCUGUGAUUGCACUUGCAACUUCGAAUUCUGGCCCUUCCAGGCUUCCAGUUUCAAUUUUAACUCAACAUCAAGUAAAACAGAAGAUAGUCAAAACAAUCGAGAAGCCAAUAGCUUUAUCACUGACGAAUACAAAACUCUCUAGCUUAUCUGUGACUCACGAUGUGACUUUGCCGGCGAAAAUUUUUCAAGACGAUGUCGCUUCACCAGAUAGUACAGUUUGUGCUGAAAAUAAUUCAGAGAUCCAGAAUCAGAAUUCAACGGUAUCUUUGCUUACUUUAUCUCAUGGACCUACACAGAAAGAACAUAAACAUUUAACACUUAUGAAAGAAUCUAACAAAGAUAUUGAUAUAGAAACAGAAAUCAGCCAACAAACUGAACUACCACACACGCUUUGUAUUACCGACAGAACACCACUUCUUUUGGGGAAAGCUGACAUAAAAAGUCCGGAUCCAAUACCGGAAAAAAUCCCUGAUAACAUCAUGGAAGGGGACGAUGAAGAUAAGCCUGACGAUAAUUUACAAGGAAAUUUAUUGCUAUCGUAUAAUAACACAUCAAUGCAGAACUCAUUAUCGGAAAGAGAAAACAAACAAGAUGAAAGUGUUGUUAAGACCAUCAAAGCAAUAGCGAACCAAACCAAAGAAAUGGUUAUCGACUCGAAUAUGCAAAUAACAUCUGAUAUGACACAAGAAUCAGUCCAAAUCUCUAUCCCUUCGCCCACACCAUCGCAAGAGAGGUAUCUCAAUGACAUCACAAUGCGGGAACACUCUGAAGCAGUCGAGGGAAAUUCAAAACAUGUUGAAACUUAUGAAGACAUGUUAAGUAUUUUUGAAAAUAUAACAGAUGAUACCAAAACAUACAGUGUUAAGCACGCGAAUCAAAAACCAGGUGUUAGUGCACCAAGUCAAAGCCUGCAGACACCGAAACAGGAAAAUAAAGAAAUUCAAGAGCAACAAACAACUUUUUUGAAACGGGAACAGGAAAAGUUACAGUUGCAGGCUCCUACCGUGCCUCAAUUGUCCCCAUUGUCACAGCCGGCCGAGCUGACCUCAAACAUGGCAAACGUGUCGCAACAGUUGCGAACUAUAAUGUCUUCGUUGAACACAAACGCAUCGAAGAUGGAAUCCCAAAAUCUUUCGGCUAUGCGGAAGAACAGUGACGCUACAACGCCCACGCAAGUUAAUUUCGAGAAUUUGCUGCCAUCAUCCAAAGUAGAAGUGGCCACAUCUCGACCGUCACCAGUCCAGAGGAUUGAGAAGCCUCCAACGUCAAUUCAGAGUUCAGAAAGCAUGCCCAUUAGCGCUGCGCAGAUGAUGGGAUCCCGUGUUAAUACGUUGUCGUCUAUGGGUCAGAUGAGAAAAUCUCCCACGGUAUCUCCAAUUAACUCACCCGUUGGUAUGCAGAAUUCGUUAAUGAAAUCGCCGGCGCAAUCGCCUCUUUUGACUAAUCAAUCUUUCACUUCUAACGAUGAUUCCAAUAUAGCUACGGUGGCGUCACAAGUUAUACAAAUGCCGGCUUUGUCUAAAAUUCAUAGUAAUUCUUCGACGCCGGUGUCUAUGAUCCAUUCCAAUAACACAAUUACAACAAGUGUAAGCAAUUUCCAAAAAGGCCAACCGCUACCGACAAGUAUAUUAGGUCAUACUUUACUGCAGCCAAGCAGACAAAUUAAUACUAGCAAUCUCACUUUUAAUACUCAGAACAUCAGCUCAAGCCAACCGCCAGCAUUGGUUAUGACGUCACGGUCAAUAAUGAGUAAUAAAGAGCCAGCGCCAAAUGUCACAGUGCGAACACAUGGAAUAGUCAGUUCCGGUAUGACGCAAAUGCAAAUAAAAUCAAGUCAACCGUCCGGCCCGAUAAAUUUCAUAACGUCAUCCAAACUGUUACAUACACAAUUAACAUCGCCAUUGAAGAGGUCCAAAUCUACGGAUGAGCCGAAAAGUGAGGUUAUCGUUGGUCACAUACAACCCACGAAGAGACACAGUGUAGAGUCAGUGAUAGUAAAGUCUGAACCUAUGGAGACAGAUGAUCCUAAUGCCACUGGAGCAUCCAAUGAUAACUCGACAAAUAAAAAUUCUCAACAAGGCACUGGAAAUCAGAGAAAUGAUGAAUCCCAAAAUGUUUUGCUAAAACAACUUUUACAGACGACAACUACUGCUGCGAAUGUAGUACCACAACGCACCAUGACAAUUCAAAGAACAGCACCUGCUUUAGGCACUAUACCGUCUUUAGAGGCCCAGCUAGCGAGGCCUUCAAUACCACCUCCAACUCUAUCCCUAACUCAAGAAGUUGAAAUUCCGAACAAUUCUCCGCGCCAUAUGACCACGGUCAAUUCUAACUUUGGCAAUCGCCCUGUACAAACAUCUAUUCCGACGUCAUCCAUUUCGCCAUUGAUCCAUACUUCGACGCAAUCUUUGAUGGAUGUUAGAAAACAACCUGUUAAAAUUUUGAACAAGGAAGAAACAACACCAUUACCGGAAAGCUCGCCGACGAUGAAAUCUCAGACGCAAAUGUACUCGAUGAAUGUAGAAAAUCAACCAAUGCACCAAAUGAUAAAGAAAGAGGUGGUUCCUCCCCAACAAAGCCCCGUACAUAGACCAUUCACCCCUAUGGACGUUAAAAAGGAGUUGCUCGAUGAAAGUUCACAGCAAUCCGCAACUUCAGGUGUCUCCACAGCUUCCGAUCAAGGAAAAUUAGAUCAACCUAUGAAGGAAGAAUAUCCUGAGAGCGUUACAAUGGAUUCCACAUCAGAAACAAACGCGCCUGAAACCCCUUCCGAAGCAAAGAAACGAAAAAGGCGAGAGUAUCAGCAAAAGAAACGUAAACAAAUGCAAAUGAAUAUGAAAGCCGCUGCUGAAAACAACUUGAAUACAACAAAUGCUAAAAAACGACCUCGAAAAGGGUCUAGAUAUGAAGAAGACUAUGAUACGUUCAUUGACAAUUUGAUGACUCAACUACGACUUUUGCCACCAAUGCAAAUUCAGGAGCCUACGCUCACGACAAAUUUUGCAGUUUGUCCGCUGUUUGGUUCUGGAGAUUUAACUAAGUUAAAAAGCAAAGAUUAUGAUAUUUUGAAAGGUGAUUUAAUUGGGGAAUUUGGGAAUGCUAAAAUACCAAAUGUGGCUGACUAUUAUAACACUAAACCAUUUGGCGAUGAAGAACCUCUACCCGAGAAACCACCGGCGUCCACGCAAAGAGGUUUCUAUGAUCAAGAAUUUCAACCUAUCAUCUUCGAUGAGGAUCCAGAAGAUAAGAAAUUGGACUUUAUCUGUAAAGAAAGAGAUACAGAUACUCCAGACAGUAUCGUUAGUUGUUCGAGCCCCGAAGGAUUCGAAAUAGAGCCAGCAAAUAGAUUCCCUGGCUUGAGAUUUAUUGAUGACGAUGAUGAAGAGGAAGACAGUGAUACACCCUCUGGUCGAGUGUCUCCCAUUAUACCCAUUAUUGCACCAAUACCUAUAAGAGUAAAACCAUUGUCCUUAUACCAACUCAAGGAUGAAGAUGAUAGCCAUAAAUCGAUAAAGAGCCUUGACACCGACUCUCCUCUAAAAUCUAAAAUGGAAGACUCCCCAGGAAGUACAGAGAGUAAUGAGAAUGUUACGGUGACACUAACGCUAACUUCAGGAGCUGCUGAAGAUAUUCUGGGUGUUCUUAAAGAGUUAGCCGGAAUACUCCACAUACCGCCUCCGACUUCGUAUCAAAUAAUCGAAAGAACAGCUACUCCACCUUCUCAUAAAUUGGGAUUGUACCGAUCAAAAGGAAAAGAUGGCAAAGAAGGUACUCCUAUUGAUAUCCAAAGUAUUCUAAACGGAGCAGCAAAAUUCUGUCGGCAUUGCGAUGUAGUAAUUUUAGAUUCAGUGGUAAGAGCAAAAGCCUCAGAGUUUCCUUUACUAUCAGCUAACAAGGGUAACGCUGAAGAAAUUCUAUGUGACAGCGAUUCCGACCUCUACUUUUGCAGCACACAAUGCUAUGAGCGAUUCGCUUGGAGGCCAACGAAUAUCAUCCUUGACGGGAAGUCGAAGUCUGCAAUAAAGGAAGAUAAUAAAUCUGAUGUCGAGACCAAUUUGUCUAAAGACAGAGACGAUUUCGACACAGCAUCAACAGAGAGCAUGGAAACUGACGAUUUAGACAUUAAACCCGACAUCAAGGACGAAAAGAUGGACUUGUCGUUUAUCGAUUCGCUCGACAACGACGAACUGAUGAAAGAAGUUGGCGACGACGUGAGCGCUCUAGAUGAAGAUCUGAAGAGCGUUGAACAGGAUGACAAGAGCAACCAAAGCGUCGAGAGGGAGAAAUAUCGCGGCAUCCGCUACAAGGCGUGGUCGCCCGGUUGCAUCGGCCCGCCGGUCAAAUACAAACGUCCCACGGACAGGGAGCUCACGGAACUGGUUUUCCGAACUGGGGUGGCCAUCAUGCCCGUUACGAACGAGGACACGCGUAAGUGCGAGCUGUGCGGUAUCCAGGGUGACGGUGUCGGCGACGGCGUUUCGAGGCUGCUGAAUUGCGACGUCGACAGAUGGGUGCAUCUCAAUUGCGCGCUCUGGUCGGAGGGAGUGUACGAAACUGUCAGUGGGGCGUUAAUGAACGUGGACAGCGCUUUGGCAGCCGGCAUGAGUGCCACGUGCGCGGUCUGCCGCAGACUCGGCGCUACCGUCAGGUGCUUCAAGGUGCGAUGCGGCAGCGUCUACCAUCUCGGCUGUGCCGUCAAGGACAACUGCGUGUUCUAUAAGAACAAAACCGCGUUCUGCGCUUCGCACGCCCCCAAGAAUGAAAAGGACAACGAGCUGACGACGCUGAGCGUGCAGCGGCGCGUGUUCGUGUCGCGGGACGAGCAGCGCCAGGUGGCGUCGGUGAUGCUGCACUCUGACGCGAACCACCUCAUCCGCGUCGGCGGCCUCAUCUUCCUCAGCCCCGGCCACCUGCUGCCUCACCAGCUGCCCGCUUUCCACACGCCCAACUACAUAUACCCCAUCGGCUACAAGAUCGUGCGCUUCUACUGGUCGAUGUCGCGCGCGAACAGCCGCUGCCGCUACGUGUGCUGGAUCUCGGAGGAGGAGGGGCGGCCGCGCUUCCACGUGCGCGCGCAGGACGAGUCGCGCCGAGAGCUGUGCGCGGCCACGCCGCGGGCGGCAUGGGCGGCGGUGCUAGACGCAGUUGCGGCGUUGCGCGAAAACCGCGAUGAGGAGGGCGUGCUCAAGCUGUGGCCUAACUACGUAACUGGCGAAGACCUGUUCGGGCUCACCGAGCCGGCAGUAGUCCGCGUGCUGGAGAGUUUGCCCGGCGUGGAGACGCUGACGGACUACCGGUUCAAGUUCGGGCGGUCGGCGCUGCUGGAGGGCGGGCUGGCGGUGAACCCGUCGGGCUGCGCGCGCGGCGAGGCGCGCGGGCGCCUGUGGCGGCGCGGCGGCGGCCGGGCGGCGCGCGCGCACCACGCCGCCGCGCCGCCGCCCGCCGCGCCGCCGCCCGACAGCCCCUCCUGCCCCUACUCCAAGCAGUUCGUGCACACCAAGAGCUCGCAGUACAAGAAGAUGAAGCUCGAGUGGCGCAACAACGUCUACCUCGCCAGGUCAAAAAUUCAAGGCUUGGGAUUGUACGCAGCCCGAGAUUUGGAGAAACACACCAUGGUCAUUGAAUACAUAGGCGAAAUAAUUCGCUCUGAGUUAUCGGAGAUUCGCGAGAAAAAAUACGAAGCCAAGAACCGCGGCAUCUACAUGUUCCGGCUGGACGAGCGGCGCGUGGUGGACGCGACGCUGAGCGGCGGCCUGGCGCGCUACAUCAACCACUCGUGCCAGCCCAACUGCGUCGCAGAGACCGUCGAGGUGGACCGCCACCUGCGCAUCAUCAUCUUCGCCAAGCGGCGCAUCGCGCGCGGCGAGGAGUUGGCGUACGACUACAAGUUCGACAUUGAAGACGACGCCCACAAGAUAAUGUGCAUGUGCGGCGCCCCCAACUGCCGCAAGUGGAUGAAC